GCACCUUAACAUUGGAUGUCAACCGCCGUUAAACUCCAUCGAAGAAGAAGACACUUUCCCUUCAUCGGAUCAUUGUUUAAAUCACAAGGAGAGUUACAGAGUAUGAACCCUUGGACGUACAGGUACCUCCAGCGCUCCCUCCUGCCUCACGUUCGGCCCCUGUCCCUGGUGAUCUACCCCAGGCCCCCUUGUAUCCACCCCCAGGCUUCUGAACUUGCCCCAGUGGGGUGAAGACCAGAAGAGGGUGAUGUCCUUCCUGCCUCCCUCUCUCUCCCUUAAAUGCAGCUGGUGAUUCCAGAGAGCCGGCGGGCAUCUCUCAACAAGAAGCAGCAGCAGUGGAUUUACCAGACGCUGUUUACCAGGAUCCUCCUACAGAGCUCACAGUUCAUCACUGUCCUUGCCCUGGUGGGGUGAAGACCAGAAGAGGGUGAUGUCCUUCCUGUCUCCAAGUUCUGCCUCAGAAUGUGCUGGGUGAAGAAGUUCAGUGAUGUUCCACAGUGCAAGAGUUUCUUCCUGAAGGGGACAACUCCAAAUCUCCCAGGUAUUUUGGUUGAUGGGAAAGUCCAGGACCAGAACCGCUACAAGCCGAUCUGCCAGUUGUUUAAAUACAUGAAGAAAACGGAAGUUAAAAACAUCUACAUGUUUGCAACUCUCUACGACACGACCAACAGGAUCCCUGUGUUCUCAGCCUACACCUUCAGUGGUCCUCCUACAGACCGCAGACCAAAUCAACGUUGGAUGAUCGAGCCCCAGCUUGAAGAUAAACAUUACACACGUAACAUGAUGGUGGCAGGUAGACGUCUAAGAGUCGAGCACCAGGCUACGAACGCAGACUACAAGGUAAAGAUAAAGGGCAUGCAUCUGGACAGAGGUCACCUAUUCCCAUGUUCGUACGCACCUGAUGAUGAUACCAUGAGGUCCACUUUCACCCUGACAAACGUCGUUCCCCAGGAAAGAGGCUUCAACCGAGGCAGAUGGAGUAAAAUUGAGUGCAAAGUCAGAGAAUAUCUUGUGAAGAACUGUAAGGAAGCUGAAGACCAGAUUAAAGCCUAUGUGGUGACUGGAGCAGUGCCCAGCAACAACAAACUGAACAAACGAGUGAACAUCCCGGAUCUCCUGUGGACAGCCUACUGCUGUAAAAACAACCUGGGACAGUGGGUGGCCGGAGCAUACUGGGGGAAGAACGUAAAGGGGGAAACAGUGAAUUCAAAUACCUUGGGAGUUCUCGAAAAAGAAUUGACGAGUUUCUACAAGGACUUCAAGGUAUUCCCAUAUUAUUGCCCAAGAAAAGCUAUUCAAAGUGUAGAACAGGAUGAGACAGGGAGGAACAGAGAGAGAGUAUUAGAGGGUGGGGCGGGGCAAAAGAGGAGCGGGAAAGGGAGCAGAGAGAGGAGCAUGAAGAUGGUGAGAAGAACAGGGGAUGAGUUAAAGGAAUGUGAUGAGGAGGAUGGAUGUGAUUGUGACUGUGAUGAAAAAUUAUGAGUUUUGUCCAGUGGUAAUUCCCACAACUAUUGAGUAC